GCAAAAACAAAAAAGUUCUUGCUCGUUUCUAAAUAGAAUUUGAACAAUGAUUUAUAACCCCACACCACUGGAUCAGCUGUGUAUAUAAAUUAUUAGCACUGGAGUAGUCGAUAGUACGCGCAUGCCCUCUCCGAUUUAUUUUCUUUAUCAGCCCGAUUUUCCACCCCGAACGCGGAAGUCGGUGGACAUGACGCACGCUGAUCAGAUGGGGACUGUGAAAUAAAAACAAAAACAUCGUUUGUAUAGAUUGGGGAAGACGAGGUUUGGAUUAGUGGUUCUUUCCAUCAUGCCGGUGCUGGUGGACAGGCUUCAGCUUCAGAGAGUGUGAGCUCCACUGAACUGCGGGGAUGAACAUGCCAUUGCACCAAAUCUCUGUCAUCCCUCGUGAUGUCACUUCCUCCCGGGUGUCCAGCAGCGGGAAGGCAAAGGAAAAGGACAAACAGAAUGAGAAACCGCUUGGUCAUUCUGCAAGCAGGUCCAGCAACAUUUCAAAGGCCGGGAGUCCGACCUCUGUGAACGCGCCCUGCGGUUUCCCCAGGACUUCAGUGACGCCUUCUAACCAGGAUAUAUGCAGUUCUAAUGACCUCGCUCAGGACCUGGGCUCACAGAGGCCCUUACAGGCCACUGUAGUGCUGUUGAGCUCUAAUGGUAAAAGCGCAGCGUCUCAGGGUGUCACCAUGACCACGCUCUGCCUGGACUCCCCCGCCAAACCCAAAAAUAGGACCUUGUUUGGCACAGAAUGGCUCUCCCUACUCAGACCAUCAGUCAAUUUGAAACCAGAAGGAGGCAGUCUCAAGUUCUCAAAGUCUCUGAAUGACGUGGGACAGAAGAUGGACAGCCUGUGCAGCGGUCUUCACUUUAUAGACCGCACGUGUUCAGAUGGGGAGCUAGGAGGGGAGAAGGAACAACUCAUGCAAGACGGCCACAUCAAAGCCCUCAACGGUCAAGUCAGCUCUCCUCCUCCGUUUGCUUCCCAGCCUCCUUGCUUCCUCAACAACUAUAAAUACAUCUCUAACCCAGGGCCUGAGCACUGCCUGGCUCCCCCUGCUCCUUCCCAUUCAGACCUUCAAAGAAGCUCCAACUUCCUGCGCCUCAUCUUCCCGUUCGCCCGCUCGUCCACCGCAGGAAGCCUGCAGGCAUCUGAGAUGGGAAGCUACGCUUCAAGACUUCACAUCACCAAAUCAUCCAGCGCCAUGCUGGACGUCAGCGAGUCCUGCUGUAUGGAGGAGAUUGGAGACGACGAGGUGUUCGAGGAUGAAUCUUCCCGCUGGAAGCUGAAGAUGGAGGGCUUGCGGGCUCCUCUUUGCUCCCUUGAGGAGGACAGCGACCUGGAUCAAUGCUGCUCUCCGGUGUCUGAGAAAAACGGGCCACUGUCGCCCUACUCCCUCUCAGGGGACUGCUGCAGGAUUUGUCACUGUGAGGGGGAUGAUGAGAGUCCGCUGAUAACACCCUGUCACUGCACUGGGAGUUUGCGGUUUGUCCAUCAGGCCUGUCUGCAGCAGUGGAUCAAGAGCUCAGACACACGCUGCUGCGAGCUCUGCAAGUACGACUUCAUCAUGGAGACCAAGCUCAAGCCACUCCGCAAGUGGGAGAAGCUUCAGAUGACUGCCAGCGAGAGGAGGAAGAUCAUGUGCUCGGUCACUUUUCACGUCAUCGCCAUCACGUGUGUCGUCUGGUCGCUCUACGUCCUCAUUGACCGCACAGCAGAGGAGAUCAAACAAGCGGGGAGAAUACCAGGUGGACUAAAGCUGCACCCCAGCCUGACUUACGGAGCCUCUGAAAGUAGGAUACUGGAAUGGCCUUUUUGGACCAAACUGGUGGUGGUGGCCAUAGGCUUCACCGGCGGACUGGUGUUCAUGUAUGUGCAAUGCAAGGUCUACAUCCAGUUGUGGAGGAGACUCAAGGCCUACAACAGAGUAAUAUAUGUGCAGAACCGCCCAGAGACCUGUAAAAAGAACGUUUUUGAUAAGCCCUCACUUCUGGAGCCAAACUUGGAGAAUAAAGAGGCUCUCGGGCCGGCCCAGUCAGACACAAACUCUUCCCAGUACACAGAGACAGAGGACUACAGUAUGGAGAUCCUGCACGUCUGAUCGCUUAGCCCACAUAUACAAACCCCCGCACCUUUCUAGAGGGACCGGCUGGGGUGUCGCAUGCUCCGGGACGCACGGGGGAUGAUGCCACACAGCACUGGGCACGAGGACAGUCUGAGACUCGUUUUGUUGUUUAGAUGUUAUUUUCUCUUCGUUCGUUUGUCCAACCUGUUCCUGUAAGUUGUUGGCUAACCAUAAUGAAUCAGUGUGCGCUAGAUCUCGGAUCAUUCCAACUACUGCCAUCGUACUGCUGUCGUACAAGAGUUGAAAUCACCACCGUUCGAGCCGUGUAUGUGUGUGGACGUGUCUGCGCUGGUUCUGACCGAGUCGAUGCAUAGAAGCACUUUUUAUUUCCCUGUUCUGAAGAGCCCUGUUUUAAUAAUAUAUUCAUUCCCUUUCUACGUGGAUAAGACAUUGAAACAAACUUGAAGUUUUGCGAGCGAGAUCUCAUUUUAUAGAUGCAUUUGAUAUCUCCACAGACCCCUCCGAUGGAACAAAAAAAGGAAACCGAAGGAACAAUGAGGGAACAUUUACCCACUCUUAUGUAUCAUUCCACUUCUUUUAGAAAUUAUGAUGACUGAGUAAAAUUUGAAUUUAGUCAUUGUGAAAUUGACAUGACCUAGGCUUUAUUUUAUAUCAGCUGAUUACUGAAUAAUUACAAUAUUUAUCCUGUCAAGGGCUAGAUUUACUAAAGUGAGGCGCUGCGGUUCUUAGCACGUGCAAAAAUGAUACCAUACAGCGACUAGUCGCCGGCUAUGCUGCUGAUUUUUCCACUUGCUAAAGACUUGUUAGUGAAAGACUUUAGUAAAUCAGGCCUUAAAGUGUAUGUUGCGAAUGUAAAGACUUCAACUCGAGUGUAGCAUCAUGCAAGCUUUGCAAUGAAUCAGUCAUGAUUUCUGUGUGUGAAAGAUUUUUGAAUUUUACCUGCUGGAAAACGCAAGUUUUUUUCCUGUUCUUAUAUAAAAUGGAGUAUCAAAAAUCUGGCAUUACUUCUAAUUUUAAUGCACUUGGAUAACCGAAACGGCUUAAAUGAGGUUUUAGCAAUGAUGACUUGAACUAGCGAGCAGGACUAUUACCCCGUUCUGCUUGAUUGCUUAGAUUUUGAAAACAAUCAUAGCAAAUUCCCCAUGGGUGUAAUUUCAGGUUUGUAUUUAUUCAGUAUAUUGUUUAGCGUUUCAAUGGCUUUAAAUAUUGGAAAACAGCCAUGUUAGUUUUGGCCUUCAUUCUAACGUCUAUUGCUCUUUUUAGUGGACACAUGACUUUGAUUGAUGUCCCCAGCAACGAUCAUUUACAUGGGCUGUGCUUCUACUAUUGUGAAUGAAUAUUUCUCAUGCUCUGAUAUGUUCAAAAGGUACAGGAUACUUCUGCCAUCUAGAGCUACUGCACAGACAAUGCAUAUUCAGAAUUUUUUAACCUCUUCUGACUGGCUUCGUGCCAUUUGACCAAUAAAAGAUGCUCAAUGUUCAGUUUGCUAAUGGCAUAGCUUUUGUAUUCCUUAUCAAGUCUGUUUCUCUUUAUGUGCGAACAAGCAUAUUCUUCGGAUAACAUCACAUGUAUGCACUACAACAACCCCCUCAGCUCUGAGAACAUCCAAAUGAAGCCAUUUUUUCUUGUGAAGAUACGUGGAGAUACAACUGCAAUGGUUACGUGGUUUGACAGUCUACCAGCUCAGUUUAAAUUCCCACAGCCUAGACAUUUUAAGUAAACAUUUCCCGAGUUUGGUUUCUUUGAUAGCGUAUUUGUAAAACAACGGGAGCUGGCUCCUUUACUAUCUAGUGGUGGAAACACUUAAACAGAUAGACAUUUUCCAGAUUUUCUCUUUUUAGCACUGCACUGCAUCAUAUUUUGACGGAUGUGUUUUAAAGUGCAGUAGUGGUCUUGUUUGUUUCAUGGCUCGUCAUACAAGUGUUUGGUGCAUCAAACUGCAGUGCAUUACUACUGAAUUGGCUUGAACAUGGAUAACAUGACUGUUUCUUGCAUCUCCCUCUUGUACUUUUUUCUCUAGUAGUAAAUAGUUUCUCUAAGCAUUAAAAAAACAACCAAAUAAAGGAAAUGUAGAAGUUAUUUUCACCAGCCUGUGUUGUAUCAGAUGUUUGUUUUUAUAAAUGACUGUAAUAACGGGUGAUUAAAGGUCUGAAAACUGCCUGCAAUGUCGGAAAGGAUUAUUUCCCACAGGAAAGUUAAAUGAUAUUCUCAGUUGGUUGUUUGUGUGUUGUCAAGGCCUUUAAUAAACACUGUGUCAAAUAGAUAACAUCAGUGGAGUUGGUCAAGCAUUUCACGUCGUGGCUUUCUCAGUGGAUAAAUACUGGUUUUGUGAAACUGAAAAGGCUGUAAUUUACAUGUAUAGUUUUGUAUUUUAUGUAUGUUUCUCUUUUUUCCCCCUCAGUAUUACCACCUUUAUCUGGUUGAUUUUAGUUUCUUCGCUGAGAUAUGAGUGACUACAUUUGUGCUGUGUUUUUAAGGGGAGUCUGAGUGGAGCAAUAAAAGAAAUCUUAAAUUA